UUAGGUAAGUUGGAACUCAUUCUUCCUCAGUCGCUGCUUGUUUAUUCAAAAAUGGAGGUGGUAAUGGCGUCGUCUUCCAUGGACGCCGGCGUAGGUCGCUGGGAAGAAGACUCUAAUGCGGAAAAAUUCCGUUACAAAUCUUGCUUAUCCCCUCCUCACGGACUUGUUUCCGUCGGUGGUCGUUUCUUUGCGUCUUCUCAACUCCGCGAGUCCUCCACUUCCGGCUCCAUUCUCUAUUGGUCUUGGCACAAACCUCAGCCUGAAGUCAAGAGUUUUCCGGUUGAGCCGAUAAAACCGUUAGUAUCGAAUCGUGAGGGUACUUAUCUCAUUGGUGGCGGUGCUUCCGGUGAUGUUUUUGUUUGGGAGGUUUAUACUGGUAGAUUACUGAAGAAAUGGCGUGCACAUUAUGGGGCUGUUUCUUGUUUGGCAUUGUCAGAUGAUGAAUCCCUGCUUAUAUCUGGUGCAGAAGAUGGACGUGUUAAAGUUUGGUCGCUUUUCAUGAUGUUUGAUGAUGCUAGAAGAAAGGAAGCUAGGCAUGGUCAUGUGCAUAAUUUUCGAGAGCAUACUUUGCGAGUUACAGAUGUCAAAUCAGGUCAUGGUGGAUCUAAUGCUGUAAUUAUUUCUGCUUCAGAGGACCAAACUUGUAAGGUGUGGAGCUUGGCGACAGGAAGAUUGUUGCGGAACAUUACGUUCCCAGCUGUUAUCAAUGCAAUUGCCAUUGAUGUGGGUGAAUAUGCUUUUUAUGCUGGUGGUAGAGAUGGGAAGAUAUACAUAGCUGCGCUCAAUGCUUUGACUACGAAUAGUACUGACUAUGGAAAGCAUAUUAUUGGCUCAUUAGCUGAUUCAAGUAGGGCUGUUACCUCUCUAGCAUUCCGUGCUGAUGGAAUCUCGUUGGUAUCUGGAUCAGAGGAUGGCAAAAUUCGUGUAUGGGAUACUAGAACUCGUAAUAUUGUUCGCAUGUUUACACAUGGUAAAGGUCCAGUGACCAACGUUCUGAUUACUAGGAUUUCAGAGAGCGAGUUGAAGUCCCAAGCUUCUCAUGGUAGGAAGGCCUUAUUGCCUCCCUCGCUUGACAAAUAUGCAAAUUCUAGCGAGGAGAUAAUGGGGACAAAGGCUUUUAUUGGUUGUGAUAGCUCUUCUAAUCCAGGUGGUGGUUCUUACCUCAUCGAAGAUGUGAUGAACAACCAAAUCAAAGAGUUUCAGCAACAAGGCUCAACUACUGCAGCAGAAAUGGAAGUUGAGCGACUAAAGCUGGAGUGCAAGAGGGCAACGCAGAUGGUCCAACAAUGGAAAAAUAUGUACGACAAUCUGCAUCAGUUUUGUGUUAACGAGCUUGUUGAUGAAAGUAAUGCUAAACACAUUAAAAUAAACUCUGGUUGAGUAUUGCAAAGCGGCAUGCAGAUGAUCCAGCUAUUUAAGAAAUUGUGAUAAUUUACAUUGGUUUCGUGCUAAUGAGCUUGUGGAGAUGACACUUGAGCAAACCAUAGGAAUACCAACCUGAUUCAGGCUUUGCCAAGUGUAUUUCAGCAGCUUUCAAGUUUUGUAGGCUUUGUUAGUCUCUGUAUUUUACAAUUGGUUUGCUUUUUGAUUAGAAUUUUUCUGAUACGGAGUAGCAUAAAUUGAUAGUAACAAAGUAUAUGUUGAUACGCGUUAAUUUGCUUAUUGAUUGAUGUGGUUGUACAUGGUACCAAAAUCUAUACAAAAGUGUCAGCUCUUUUUUUUUCCAA